CUCCCGGUUGCUUCUCUCUCUCUCUCUCUCGCGCUCUCUCCCCCCCUCUUAACCACCUCCCGGUUUCUCGCGCCGAGCAGCGAGGAUAUUUUCAAAUAAAGACGGCAGACAGCGUUCAUUACGUCCCACCCAUGAAGCAUGGCAGCUAAUUUCGGCAAGAUUUUGAUCGGGAUUUAUGUGGAGAUAAAGCGGAGCGAUGGCCGAAUCCAUCAGGCAAUGGUCACGUCUCUGAAUGAAGACAAUGAGAGCGUCACAGUGGAGUGGAUAGAAAAUGGAGACACCAAAGGCAAAGAGAUUGACUUGGAGAGUAUAUUUGCACUGAAUCCAGAUCUGGCCCCAGGUGAAGAAAGUAUCCCAAGCCCUGAAACCCCACCCCUGCCCUCACAAACCUCAGUGAAGGUUAAUAAGAUCCCCAAGAACCGACGAACUAUAGCGCCAUCUAAAAAUGAUACCCCAUCCAGGGACAACAGAGCAGUGGGAUCCACUCGAGCCCGGCCUGGCCAUCAGCAGCCCGAGCCAGUGCCGGCCCCACCUCCUCCUACCCAGAUGCAGACACAGUCGCAGUCACAAUCGCAGAGCCAGCUGCAGCAGCAGAAUGGUAGUAUCACUGACAUGUCGCCGCCUCAGCCAGCAAAAAAGGAAUUUGGAAUCCCCUCGCGGAGGAAGUCUAACUGCGUGAAGGAGGUGGAGAAGUUGCAGGAGAAGAGAGAGCGGCGGCGACUCCAGCAGCAGGAGUUGAGGGAGAAGAGGGCACAGGAAGUUGAUGUCACGAUUCCCAACUAUGAAAUAAUGUACAUGAUCAGGGACUUCCGAGCAAGCCUGGACUACCGACCUUUAACCACAGCUGAUCUUAUUGAAGAACACAGGAUAUGUGUAUGUGUACGUAAACGCCCCCUUAAUAAAAAGGAGCUCUCCCUGAAAGACCUGGAUGUCAUAACCAUACCCAGCAAGGAUGUGGUCAUGGUGCAUGAGCCCAAGCAGAAGGUGGACCUGACGCGCUACCUGGAGAACCAGACCUUCCGCUUUGACUACGCCUUUGAUGACAGCACUACUAAUGAAAUGGUUUACAGGUUCACAGCCAGGCCUUUGGUGGAGACCAUCUUUGAACGGGGAAUGGCCACAUGUUUUGCCUAUGGACAAACAGGAAGUGGGAAAACGCAUACUAUGGGAGGUGAUUUUUCUGGGAAGAAUCAAGACUGUUCAAAAGGAAUCUAUGCGCUGGCUGCUCGUGAUGUUUUCCUCAUGCUGAAGAAACCCAACUACAAAAAACUUGACCUGCAGGUCUACGCUACUUUCUUUGAAAUUUACAGUGGAAAGGUAUUUGACUUACUGAACCGCAAAGCCAAGCUGCGUGUCCUUGAAGAUGGCAAGCAGCAAGUUCAGGUGGUGGGGCUGCAGGAACGCGAGGUCAAGUGCACCGAGGAUGUGCUUAAGCUUAUUGAAGUUGGAAACAGCUGCAGGACAUCUGGUCAGACCUCAGCCAACGCACACUCGUCCCGAAGCCAUGCUGUCUUCCAGAUCAUUUUGAGGAGAAAAGGGAAGAUGCAUGGGAAGUUCUCUCUCAUUGACCUGGCAGGCAAUGAGCGAGGAGCCGAUACCUCCAGUGCAGACAGGCAGACGCGCCUGGAGGGAGCAGAGAUCAACAAGAGCCUCCUUGCACUUAAGGAGUGCAUCAGGGCACUUGGCCGCAACAAACCACACACACCAUUCCGAGCCAGUAAGCUGACACAGGUCCUGAGGGAUUCCUUCAUUGGCGAGAACUCGAGAACAUGCAUGAUUGCGACCAUCUCCCCGGGAAUGGCGUCCUGUGAAAACACACUGAACACGCUACGCUACGCUAACAGAGUAAAGGAGUUUGGGAUAAGUCCCUCCGACAUCCCUUUCUCUCAGGGGGGCGUCAGUCGAUCAGAGCACUCCCCCACCUAUGAGUACGAUGACUUUGCCACUUCACCCAGCAGAGUGAAGGAGCUCACUGUGGACCCCAGUGCGGUUGAGGGUCGCCCCAAUGUUCAUGCCGUGAACCAGCUGGACGCUCUGGAGGCACAGUGGGGGGUUGGCAGCUCCCCCCAGCGAGACGACCUCAAACUGCUCUGCGAACAGAAUGAGGAAGAAGUCUCCCCUCAACUCUUCACCUUCCAUGAAGCAGUCUCGCAGCUGGUGGAGAUGGAGGAACAGGUUUUGGAGGACCACCGGGCAGUCUUUCAGGAGUCGAUCCGGUGGCUGGAGGAUGAAAAGGUGCUCCUGGAAAUGACUGAAGAGGUUGAUUACGAUGUGGAGUCUUAUGCCACUCAACUAGAACAAAUACUGGACCAAAAAAUUGAGAUCUUGACUGAGCUCAGAGACAAAGUGAAGUCUUUCCGCUCUGCACUUCAGGAAGAGGAACAGGCCAGUAAGCAGAUUAACCCCAAGCGGUCACGUGCCGUCUAAAGAUGAAUGUCUGUGUCUGGUAAAGGCACAUAUGUAGGAAACAUGUCCACUGAAUGCUUAAUACUGUAUGUUUGGUCAUAACUGGUUGUGAAGACAGUGCUGUCCAAAAGCAAAGGAAAAUGUAACAAAGAUCUGAUAAAUCCCCCCCCCCCCCCGGACAAUUUUUUUAAAAAAAAAUGGUUCUUGUGAGGAAAUCUGUGUUGAAGAUUGGUGGGAUUUUGUCUGGGCAUCCUCAGAAAUAUAAGGGGGAAGUGCUUUUUAAACUGCUUCAUUUUAAUAAGGAUAAAAACAUUUCUGGCUGUUUUAUUUCUUUUGGCAAGAAAAAAAAAAAAA